AAGAUCUCCACGCCCUACCUCGCCUGCCGGUACCUCGGCACGGCCGUCUGCGACGGACACGCCAUCGACGACCAGAACCCGCGCUUUGAGCACCUGCGCAAGCUGUACUCGUGCUUCCGGCCGGUCGUGAUGGAGGAGAAUCGGCGCGCGAGGUUCCGCUAUGGCUGGUCCUCGCAGACGCUGGCUGGCAGCUCGCAGCUGCAGAUUGCCGCCGAGGAUGAAGUCGCCGACGAGGCGGCGCAUCAGGAGGUCUACCUGGACGAGGGGGAGCGCUUCUCGCAGCUUUGCACGGUGACGAAUGUCGUGACCCAGGGCUCUCGGCCGGGCCUAUUUACGCGGCAUAUCAACGUUAGCGACGGCGUUAUCCGCGUGUUUAGAGACUGGUUGGCGAGCAUGCUGGAGAGGCCGUCGUCGUCUUUACGGUCUGGGGUCCGUGUCUUGUGGGUAGACAGCACAAAGGACGUUGGCCUUCGCUUCCGAGUGCUGCCCGGGCCGGAAGUAAGGGGGACGAUUUUCGAGGACGAGCCGCCCGUGUUUUACAAUCUCAUUUACGAAGAACUGAUUGUACGCACCAGCACACUGCUGUUGGCCGUGGAGGAGGCGGCUGACGAGGACGUGUCCCACUCCGGAAAGGACAUCAUCAUCGCCGCCAUGUGA